UGGAUAAAAUGGAGGAUUUGAGUCUGAAGGAGACAGUGCCCCGAACUGAGAUAGGUGAAGUGGAAGGUAUUCCCCUCACAAAACCAAUAUGCAGAACAUGGGACCAAGUGUGGAAGUUCAAAGCCAAACCUGAUGAUCUGCUCAUCGCAACCUACGCAAAAGCAGGUACCACAUGGACACAGGAGAUAGUGGAUAUGAUUCAACAAAAUGGAGAUGUUGAGAAGUGUAGACGCACUACUACUUACAGACGCCAUCCUUUCCUUGAGUGGUAUAUCGAAGAGCCUUCACAUCUGAGAUACUCAGGCCUGGAGUUAGCUGAAGCUAUGCCUUCUCCACGAACAAUAAAAACUCAUCUCCCAGUGCAGCUGGUGCCUCCCUCCUUCUGGGAACAAAACUGUAAGAUAAUCUAUGUGGCAAGAAAUGCAAAAGACAACCUGGUGUCAUACUACCAUUUCCACAGAAUGAAUAAAGCAUUGCCUGACCCAGGAACCUGGGACAAGUUUGUGGAGAAAUUCAUGACUGGACAAGUGCUCUGGGGUUCCUGGUAUGACCAUGUAAAAGGAUGGUGGAAGGCAAAAGAUAAGCACCGUAUUCUCUACCUCUUCUAUGAAGAUAUGAAAGAGAAUCCAAAGAAAGAAAUUCAGAAGAUUCUGAAGUUCCUGGAGAAGGACAUGAAUCAGGAGCUUCUAAACAAGAUACUCCAUAACACCUCAUUUGAGAUAAUGAAGGAUAAUCCUAUGGCAAACUACACUAAAGAAUUUCAGGGAAUAAUGGAUCACUCUAUUUCUCCAUUCAUGAGAAAAGGGGCUGUUGGGGACUGGAAGAAUUAUUUCACUGUGGCACAGAAUGAGAUAUUCGAUGAAGAUUAUAGGAAGAAAAUGGCUGAUACCUCUGUUGUUUUUCGCACGGAAUUGUGA